AUGCGCGCCUUUGAAAUGUUCCUCCUUAACCUGCCUUGGCUUCUAUGGAAUUUCACCUCCAUUAGCAGGUCAGCCAGGUCUAGGGGGGAUCCUCCCGACACCACCAGAGGAUGGCUAGGAUGGAAUCACGCGGUGGUGGAGAAGGCGGUGGUGGAGAAGGCGGUGGUGGAGAAGGCGGUGGUGGAAAAGGCGGUGGUGGAGCCGGCGGUGGUGGAGAAGGCGUCGGUGGAGAAGGCGGUGGAGGAGGAGGCGGUGGAGGAGGAGGCGGUGGUAGUGGAGGCCCAUAUGGCAUGA